AUGAGGAUGAUGAAAACCAGUGGGAUUAGAGGACAUCAGUGCCAUCGGAUCUCGACGGAGGACGGCGGAAGUCGGACGAUUUUUCGGCGCGACAUUAACGACAUAAGACUUUUGGCAGCAGCAGACGAAAUGUUGGGCUGUAGGACAAUGGCGGUGGCGCCGCCAGAGGGGGCCGGCGGAAGCUACCCGACGACUCUCAUUUUGGAAGACAAUCUAAAAAUGGCUUCAGAGAAGGAGAUCUUCAGCCUCAGUGGACCAACGUUUCUGACUGCUAUUGAUUGGAACAAUUCACACCAUAGACGAUCAAUUGCGGCCAGCCUUGUCCAAGGCGCGUACACGCUCGAACGCGACCGGCGGCAAAACCGGCAAGGCCCGCACGCUCUGGCCCCGCCUUGGUGGCAGUUUUUCAAUUUCCGACUAGUCAAAGUACUCAUGGACGAUCACGAUGUCUCCAACUUUGGCGCGGUUUAUGAGUUCAAUUUCCAAUAUCCAUACCAUAACUACUACUUAGGCCAGAGGCCACCACAAUACGUAAUCGCCUUCCGGGGCACCGUCAACAAGGCCGGAAACAGAGAACAGGGUUUCAAGCUCAAUUUUCACUGCAUCUUCAACAAUCUCCACAACAGCACACGUUUUCAAAUCGGAUUUAAUUCGGUCAGCGAGAUUGUCCAAAGGGUUGGUCCAGGUAACGUAUGGGUGGCAGGACAUUCCCUAGGAUCAUCGAUAGCAUUGGUUAUAGGAAGGGAGAUGGUGAAGGCCGGAAUCCACCUCGAGACCUACCUUUUCAACCCUCCAUUCGUGUCCCCUCCGAUUGAACGGAUAAAAAACGAGAAACUAAAGCUUGGCCUCCGGCUGGCAAGCAGCGUCCUAACAGCCGGCCUAGCAGCAGCUGUUAAGUUCCAAGAAAAAAACCCGUUUGCCUUGCUAUCCACCUGGAUACCCUAUUUGUUUAUAAAUCCGGACGACCCUAUUUGUUCCGAGUACUUGGGCUAUUUCAAGCACAGGGAGGAUAUGGAAUCUAUUGGCGCCGGGAAAAUUGGGAGGCUGGCCACGAAGCACUCGAUUGGGAGCAUAUUUAGCGGGAAUGAUGGUGAGGCUGUGCAUCUGCUGCCAUGUGCUUACUUGAGUGUCAAUUUGAGCACUUAUGAGAGUUUUAAGGAGGUUCAUGGGAUUCAUCAGUGGUGGAGGCCUGAUUUGGAACUCAAGUAUAAUUUGUAUCAAUAUAAGUAUGAGAGUAAAACAUGA